AUGUCCAGUACGGUUUCCACUAGCUCACCUGGAUCACCUUCCAAGAAUAAAACUUAUGUCAGCAAUGUGAUGUCAGCUUCCAAUGGCGAUGUCGCAGAUUGGGCAACGCAACUACCGUUGCAGCAACUGACCAUGACCUUGUACAUUCCUACUUCCAGUAUUGGAGCCAUUAUUGGAAGAGGAGGAAGCAAUAUUGCCAAUAUUCAAAAGAAAGCCCAGAAUCUAUGCUCCACAAAAUCGGCCUCGAAUGUUCGUGUGAGCAUUGUGGGGCACAAAUAUCAGAAUCAUCAGCAUGAGGAAUUGAAUACUAGCACAGAUGAAGAAAAUACUUUCUUUCCCCACGAAGACACCAUGCAACUCGGCAGUGACCCCAAUUUUGCUCUUUCGGGAGCGACAAGUUCUAUUGUUCCUUCCACCUAUACGGCUCUAGACUGGUCGAGUCCCGACUGGACUCCGGUGGUAGUCAAGGCUGAUGUUGCUGCUGUCUUGUUUAUUGGCAAACAGUUCGACAGUAUGACAACUCUACAAGAUACGAUUAUUGAUGUCCCCAUUUCAAGGCAGCGACAUGCUAGUAUCGUCGGAAAACGCGGUACCAUCUUGAUGGGACUAUCCGAUUCGACGCAAACAAGAAUCAUGGUGCCUCCUAAGGAUCUGAGGCAUGAUGUGAUUCAAUUGGAAGGACCUCUGGACAACUGCAUUCAGUGUUUGCAAGAACUCUCCAAGAUAGUAUAUCCCAACGUCAAUGGAAAUGGGGGUAGCAAGGGAUCAUCGGGAAGCAAAGACGACAGUCCUUCGGAAGCCAAGGCGCCACUCCCCUUUUCCGAAGUCAUUGUGAUGCAGCAACUGCCAUCGCAGACAAAACUGCGCAGUAUCGGCCGUAAGACGGAAACUUCCAUCAAGAAGAAAAAGAGCGGCGAUGAAUGGCAGGUCACCAUUAUGGGAAAGACGGAAGCUCAAGUUCAGUCGGCUGUCACGAUGCUCCAAAAAUGGCAGGAAAAUUCCAAGAACAACAGUGGUGGCAGCAAUAACAAUGGAAACUCUCAAAACGUGAAUGGAAGCCAAUCUGGAAAUGCUGGCCGAAGCAGUGGUGGUCGAGGACGGAGCGGAGGCCGCGGAAGGGGAAGAAAAGGAGGAGGACGUGGAGGGGGGUCGUUUCCACGCAAGAAUUCCGAGUAA